AUGGCCCUAACAAACGAAUUAUUGGGUUCUUCAUUGGUAGAGAGAUCACUUUUUCCUUCUUCACCAUGUUUUCAUCAGAAAAAUGGCAGAUUCUUGACCAAGCCUGUUUUGGUUCCUUUCGGAAACAGAAGAGUUUUGAAACUGAGAAAAUCUGCUAAGUUUCCUGUUGCAGCUCUCAGUGAAGAUUUGGUGAAAAACUCUUCUUCUUCCUCUUUAUCAUCCUCUUCAUCUUCUCUUCCUUCUGAAAAACCGGUGAAAUUCAAGGUUAGAGCUGUUGUCACAGUUCGGAACAAGAUCAAAGAAGAUUUCAAAGAAACUAUCGCGAAACAUCUCGAUGCUUUAACCGAUAGAAUCGGAAGAAACGUUGUUCUUGAACUUUUUAGCACUGAGAUUGAUCCAAAAACUAAUGCUGCAAAGAAGACCAAUGAAGCAGUGCUUAAAGAUUGGGCUAAGAAGACAAAUAUUAAAGCUGAGAGAGUUAAUUACAUAGCUGAAUUCACAGUUGAUUCAAAUUUUGGAGAACCUGGUGCUAUUACUGUGAUUAAUAAUCAUCAACAAGAAUUUUUCUUGGAGAAUAUAACCAUUGAAGGGUUUGCUACUGGAGCAGUUUAUUUUCCUUGUAAUUCUUGGGUUCAAGCUAGAAAAGAUCUUCCUGGAAAGAGAAUUUUCUUUUCUAAUAAGGCUUAUUUACCUGAUGAUACACCUGCUGGGCUUAAAGUUUUGAGGGAGAAAGACUUAAAAAAUCUGAAAGGUGAUGGAAAAGGAGUUAGAAAAUUAUCUGAUAGAAUAUAUGAUUAUGACACAUACAAUGAUUUGGGAAACCCAGACAAAGGAAUUGAUCUUUGUAGACCAAAUCUUGGAGGAUCUGAAAAGUAUCCCUACCCUAGACGGUGUCGUACCGGUCGCGAACCAACCGAUACAGAUAUUAGCGCGGAGAGUCGCGUGGAGAAGCCGCUUCCUAUGUAUGUGCCAAGAGAUGAAAGAUUUGAGGAAUUGAAGCAGAAUACAUUUUCUGUGAAGAGGCUAAAAGGAGUUCUUCAUAAUUUGUUGCCCGGCCUUAAAUCAAGUCUUUCUGCUGAUAACCAAGAUUUCAAUGACUUCUCAGAUGUUGAUGGGCUUUAUAGUGUAGGGUUGCUCAUUAAGUUGGGUUUGCAAGAUGAUGUUUUGAAGAAAUUUCCAUUGCCUAAAAUUGUUGGCAAGAUUAAAGAAUCCACUAGCCAGGGUGUUCUUAAGUACGACAUUCCCAAGAUUAUAUCAAAGGACAAGUUUGCUUGGUUGAGAGAUGAUGAAUUUGGGCGUCAAGCAAUAGCAGGAGUGAACCCUGUAACCAUUGAAAAACUUGAAGUUUUUCCACCUGUUAGUAAAUUAGACCCUGAAAUUUAUGGUCCAUUAGAGUCUGCUCUUAAAGAAGAACACAUUUUACAUCAACUUAAUGGCAUGACCGUCCAACAGGCAAUAGAUGAAAACAAGUUGUUCAUAAUUGAUUAUCAUGAUAUCUACCUUCCAUUUUUGGAAAGGAUCAAUGCUUUGGACGGUAGAAAAUCUUAUGCCACAAGAACCAUCUAUUACUUGACACCUCUUGGUACUCUUAAACCUAUUGCUAUUGAACUUAGCUUGCCUCCAUCUGGACCAAACACACGUUCAAAACGUGUAGUUACACCUGCUCUAGAUGCUACUACUAAUUGGAUGUGGAUGCUGGCCAAGGCUCAUGUUUGCUCCAAUGAUGCCGGUGUGCACCAACUCGCCAACCAUUGGUUGCGCACACACGCUUGCACGGAACCGUUUAUAUUGUCGGCACAUAGGCAAUUAAGCGCAAUGCACCCGAUUUUCAAGCUAUUGGAUCCACACAUGAGGUACACUUUGGAGAUCAAUGCUUUAGCUCGUCAGAGUUUGAUUAGUGCGGACGGUGUCAUUGAGUCUUGCUUCACUCCCGGUCGCUAUGCCAUGGAGAUUAGUUCGGCUGCUUACAAAACCCUUUGGCGAUUCGAUAAAGAUAGCCUCCCUCAAGAUCUCCUCCGCAGAGGAAUGGCAGUACCUGACCCAACAAAACCACAUGGCAUAAGGUUAAUAAUGAAUGAUUACCCUUAUGCAGAAGAUGGUCUUCUAAUUUGGUCGGCAAUAGAAAAUUGGGUCAGAACCUAUGUGAACUAUUACUACCCGAAUUCGAGCCUAAUAAUCAAUGAUAGUGAGUUACAAGCUUGGUAUUCCGAAGCAAUCAAUGUAGGUCAUGCUGAUUUAAAAGACGAAACAUGGUGGCCGAAACUGAACGACAGCGACAAUCUUGUCUCCGUCCUAACAAUCUUAAUCUGGAACGCAUCCGCGCAACAUGCCGCGUUGAACUUCGGACAGUACCCUUACGGAGGAUACGUGCCAAAUCGUCCUCCCUUGAUGAGAAGAUUGAUCCCGGAAGAAAGUGACCCCGAAUACGGAAGCUUCAUUGCUGAUCCACAAAAGUAUUUCCUCAACGCAUUGCCUAGUUUAUUGCAGGCUACGAAGUAUAUGGCUGUUGUCGAUACACUUUCAACUCAUUCGACCGACGAAGAGUAUAUAGGCGAGAGACAGCAUUCUUCGACAUGGAGCGGUGAUGCGGAGAUUGUUGAGAAGUUUUUUGAAUUUUCAGCUGAGAUUGGAAGGAUUGAGAAGGUGAUCGAGAGUAGGAAUCGCGAUAAGACUUUGAGGAACCGUUGCGGUGCAGGUGUUUUGCCUUAUGAGUUACUUGCUCCUAGUUCUGAACCUGGUGUUACAUGCAGAGGUGUCCCAAAUAGUGUGUCUACAUAA